GCGUGAGCAAAUUGUUUGUUUACCUGAUCAGCUGACCAGAGACUCGGACACGAAUUUAAACUUCUGAAUGGUGUCAGCGAGGGAAUGUCGUCUGUUUUUCUGAUGGAUUUUAGAAUGCGAGACAUCUAAAAUGAGCAUCACCCUGUUUGCCACACAUGGACGAGGCUUAGAUGCUUUUGCACAGGAGGAAAUCCAAGAAAAACUGACCAAUGUGUAUAAUGUGCAAACUCUUGGAGAAGGCAAGAUUUCCUUCAGCAUUCCAUUCAAAUCAAGUGACUCUAAUGUGUGUUCAUAUGAAGAGGGUAAAGGAGAUGAUGAAGAAAUGUUAAUUGGUGCUGUGUCUCCUGUAUAUAAUCUUAAACUAGUGGAGAGGGUUUUUAUACUUUUGCACUGUGAAACAUUUGAUACAGGUGAAACCCAUACUGGAAGUGAAAAGGAAACAGAUCAUACCACAGAAAGAAAGAGGAAACCAACGGCCAGUGAUGAGAGUAAUAAUCAACUUUUGAAAAAAUAUGAAAACAAACUUGCUGAUAUCAUAGACAAGGAAAAAUGGGCUAAAGUGGCAUGUCAAGUUCAAGCAUUAAGGACGUUUCAAGAUCAACAAACAAUCCGCGUCCAUUGCCAAGACCCAAGUAGCUGUCAUGGGUCUGUCAGGCGGAGAGCUGAGAAACAGAAAUUAUGGCAGAGGAGAUCUAGCAAAGAAGGCAGAUGUUCAAGGAAAAGAAUGAGGAGAGAGAGUGCCCUUGACCUUUCUGAGAUGAGGUCACCAGAGUCAGAUAUUGCAAGCAGGAAUGUCCUGGCUGUACGUCCUGUGAGGGAAAGAUUAACCGAAACUGUGGAAAUGAACAGAGACAUAACAGACGUGGAUGAUUCAAAAGUGAACUAUGAUAACAGUUUGACAAGUGAUACUAAUCAGAAUGAAAUGGAUGGUCAAGAAGUAACUGAUAAGGUGAUAAUAGAGGAAAAUAGAAUCAGAACUAAUAAUCGUAAGAGGACCAAUGGCAAAUCAUCGAACCCAGAACCGCAGCUGAUGAGUGAGAACGUGAAUUGUACAAGUGGUUUUAGUGAUGUAGAAAAUGGCAUUUCAGGCAUUUCAUCCGUUUCUGAUGUUUGUAAACCAGACUUAAAUACUUACAGAGACACAAAGAAUAUCAUUCAUGAAAAUUCUGUGAAUUACCGUGUGUCGAGCAGGAUAUCUGGUCUGUGCAAAAACGUUGUUACGCAGCAGUUAUUGACUAAAAUGUUUGUAAAAGCAGUUGAAGAAAAAAUGGAAUAUUGGACAGUUGCGUGGAGAAACCCUUUGUUAGAUUUUUAUAUUAAUAUUACCAAUUCCCAUUUUAUUGUAGAACACCUUUCAGGGGUAUCAAUAUCCAGGGAGUCGCUCUCACUGCGGCCGUAUAUUCCACACAUCACCCUGAGGUCCACCGUGGCCUACCUCAUGGCCAGACUAGCGCAAGUACCCCAAGGAGGAGUGGUGCUGGAUCCCAUGUGCGGAGGAGGCACGAUUCUUCUGGAAAUGGCCAAGUGCUUUAAGGCUGGCUUGGUCAUUGGUGGAGACAUAAGCCAGGAGCAGCUAAAAGUAUCAAGGUGCAACUUGCAAGGUGUAGGAGUACCGUUCAGUCUUCUGCGUAUGGAUGCAGUAGCUAUGCCACUAACGUCUCGGUCAGUCAGCGCUGUAGUGUGUGACGUCCCCUUCGGCCAGAAACACCAGUUGAAAGAUGACGACGAAUCAGCCAUGUUGCGGGGACUCCUGGGUGAAUGCCAGAGAGUGUUGAAGUGCGGUGGACGCUUGGUGUUACUGAUAUCAGCUAGACAGCUUGGAAUCCUCAGAAAGAUCCUGCCUUGUCUGACGUCAUCUCAAUAUGAUGUGGAGGUUAAAGAGCAAGAAACUUUGCAGCUGAAGCUUGGUGCUACUUAUCACAUAUCUCUUGGGGAAACAUCUGCCCACAUUGCAUUGUUCCAGAUGCUGCCUUGUGAGUAGAAAGCACAAAGUGUCACGUGAAAUGGACUUCUAAGAGUGCGCUUUGUGGUGGAUAAUGAAUUGAUAUAAAAUGAAUAGACAAAAUUUGUUAUAAGAGAGAUGUAAAAGUUGCUGUGGUUGAUUCAUUAUUUAUAUAUUGUUUUUAAAAUAAAAUUGAGGAAAUAUA